AUGCAUCACAUCAGAAACCCAGGUCUAGACGUUAGUUCUAAAUCCGGAAAGGCAGCUCCUCCCGGAGACACCAACCGGCCGUCAAACUGGGGAAGAAAUGCUGGCCAAGAUUCGGGCAAUGUGGCGCAGGCGCAACCAGACCGUGCUUUCCGAACAAAGAGUCCUUCUCCCAGCAACAAAAGGGAGAGUUCUCGUAGCCAGUCUCCCCCCAAGCGCUCCAAAACUUCUGGUCGUCAGGGAGCGAGUGGGAUGACGGACGAUGCGCGUGCGGAGUUUGACCGAGGACCGACUCAAAAAGGAAUGCUCUGGGAUCCCCAAAAUGAUUCAACUCGUACCCGCACUCAGUCAUACGACAAGUCGAACGUUGCCACAAGCCACAAACUAGCUUUAGCUGCUUCGCAGGCCAAGCCCCGCCGCCAGAGUCAGCAGGCGCAAAGCCAGCCCAGUCGAACCGCUGCUCAGUCUGAAGAUAUGUCAAUUGGAUUCCUCAAACAGCCCGAGACACGCGCUAUUUCCCAGGAGCAGCUUGUCACCGAGGUCAAGGGCAUCUAUGCUGGCCUCGUUAUGGUCGAGAGCAAAUGCAUCGAGGUCGACAACGCCCAGAAUGCCGAGACCGAUCCGGCCAACAAGCCCAUCAACCAUGAGCAAUGGCAGGCCUUGAUCGCCCUGCACCGCACUUUGCUGCACGAGCACCACGACUUCUUCCUUGCUUCACAACACCCGUCUGCGAGUCCGGCGUUAAGACGGUUGGCCGCCAAGUAUGCUAUGCCGGCCCGAAUGUGGAGGCACGGGAUUCACAGCUUCCUUGAACUGCUGAGACACCGUCUUCCGGGGAGUCUCGAGCACAUGCUUACGUUUAUUUACCUGGCAUACUCGAUGAUGGCGUUGUUGUACGAAACUGUGCCUGCUUUUGAAGAGACAUGGAUUGAGUGUCUCGGGGAUCUGAGCCGUUAUCGGAUGGCUAUCGAGGAGGGCAACCUUCGUGACCGAGAGAUAUGGACUGGCGUGAGCCGGGAUUGGUACUCGAAGGCUUCCGAUAAAUCUCCCACUACUGGGCGCCUCUACCACCAUCUCGCCAUUCUUUCCCGACCCAACGCGGUGCAGCAACUUUACUAUUACGCCAAAUCCCUCUGUGUUGCAAUCCCCUUCAACUCUGCUCGUGACAGCAUCAUGACGCUUUUCGACCCUGUUUUGGGUCCUGAUUCAAGUCGUCACUCAAGACUGCAUCAUAUCGAUCUUGCAUUCGUUCAGACCCACGGCGUCAUGUUUAGUGGCAAGUCUCAGGACAAGCUGGAGCAUUAUAUGGAGAAUUUCUUGAAGCCCCUUGAUAAUCACAUUCAGGUUUCAGGAUAUCAGUGGCGGGAGCCUGGAUACCACAUUGCCAUUGCAAACUGCUGUGCCAUUAUUGGAUGGGGUAAUGAAAAGAACCCAGUUUACCGAGCCAUCAAAGCAAAAGCAAGCGUCAGUGAUGAGUCCCGUGACCAGACCAUGACUGGCACCGAGGGGGCGGAACCAGAUCUACAACUCGUAACAGCUCUGAGAUUGGCCAACAGAACUCAUGAUGUUGUCUUUAGACAACAGGAUGACCUAAAUGUGGUUCCAUAUCUCCAUGCCACUCUUGCCUUUGUCUACCAUAUGAUCUCUUUACCAGAGGCCAUGGUCCACUUUGCACCAGAGUUUCCCUGGCGACUGGUGUCUUACCAGCUGAACUCCUUGCUUCGAGAUUACUCCGCAUAUGACCGAUUUGAGAGCGAUCAGUUUCCCAGACCGGAGAACGAAGAGGUUCCCCGUCCUCUCCCCGAGGACUUUGCCAUGCGCGGCCUUCUGUGGGUGGAGAAGUAUUUCCCCAGCGACUGGUUCUCGGAAGACAAAAUCAUCGACGAUGAGAAGUAUUUCGAAUCGGCUUCCCUCUUCGACGAAAGAAUCACACGCGUUCUGUAUUUGGGCUACAGGAUUGCCAUGGAGGGAGAGGGCAAAUGGCUUCAAUACGACUCCAAGACUCAUCGGUUCGGGGUGCACCCGCAGUAUGAGCUGGAGUCUCAGAGAGGAGGCAAUGACUACGGUGAACUGCCUGACGCGGCCGCCCACCCUUGA